UGAGCUCCAGGAGCAGCUCUGUGUCCCUCUGCCCCGCGGCUCACACACUUGAAUAACCAUGCCUCAUAGUGCGGUGCUGCUGGCGGUGUCCGGGGCGGUGCUGGCCCUCUGCGGGGUGUGCGUGGCGCGCUCGGACGCUCCUCGUGGGGUGGCGCUCGGCUUCGUGUUUGACCCUAAAGCGCAGUGUGAGCCCCAGUGCGAGCACGGAGGCAUCUGCAUCCGAAACAACACGUGCUUCUGCUCCCGGGGAUACGAGGGAGAGACCUGCCAGUUCGCCACCUGUUAUCCCAAAUGUAAGAAUGGAGGAGUGUGUCUGAGGCCGGGGAAAUGCAGAUGUCAGCCGGGGUACGGAGGACGCUACUGCCAUAAAGUGACCUGUGAUGGAGGCUGUUGGAAUGGAGGAGAGUGCUCGGCGGUGAAUGGGGUGCCCCGCUGUAUCUGCCCCUCCAGCUGGACCGGAGCUCGCUGUCAGGAGGCGCUGUGUCCCCAGGGCUGUCGGAAUGGAGGGCUCUGUGUGGCCCCUGGAAUCUGCAGCUGUCCGGACGGCUGGCUGGGCGGGGCCUGCCACACUGCCGUGUGCGCACUGCCCUGUCUGAACGGAGGGAAGUGCAUUGCUCCGGGGAAGUGCCGCUGCCGCCCGCCGUACUCCGGAGCUCGCUGUGAAGACAAGAAGAAGAGCUACUAAUGUCACCUGACCCUGAGGUUAAAGGUCACACAGGCUGCUUUUAGCAUGGAGCCGGUGUUUUUUGUACUUCAGGAGUCAAGUAACAUGGUACUUCCACUGUUGCUAAAGUGUCUGUGAUUCAGAAUAUUAAUCUUAAUUUGAGAUUUUGAUUUAAGAUGUAUUCACGUGUAAACCCUAGAUUAUUUGACGUUGCACUUAAAAUGAGACAGAGAUGAUGAGAUUACUUUU